UGAUAGAGAUCAGCUGCUGAUCCUGACUGGGGCUAGGGACUGAGCAAAGCAGCAACAGCCCACAGUGACCCAGGCUUGUGCAAAGUUCUUCCACUUGCCCUGCUGGACUUAACGAAUAGGCUCUAAGUGUGCAAGAGGAAGACAGUUACCAGAAGAUUGGAGAAUUAAAAACAGCAUUCAGUCCAGUGGGUUCCAAGACUAGUGCUCACAGCAGAGAGAAUUCCUGAGGGACAGAGCAACUCCUCUUCCUUCCGAGUACAGAAAUGGCUUCUACCUUCAGCCCCCGGGAAUGUCACCUGUCCAAACAAGAAGGGCAAAGCUAUGGCUUCUUCCUGCGAAUUGAGAAGGAUACUGAUGGUCACCUGGUCCGGGUAGUUGAGAAGGGUAGCCCAGCAGAGAAGGCUGGUCUUCUGGAUGGAGACAGAGUUCUGAGGAUCAAUGGUAUCUUCGUUGACAAGGAAGAGCAUAUACAGGUAGUGGAUCUGGUCAGGAAGAGUGGGAAUUCAGUGACUUUACUAGUUCUGGAUGGAGAUUCCUAUGAGAAAGCCAUAAAAAAACGGGUAGACUUGAAAGAGUUGGGUCAAAGCCAGAAGGAGCUGGGUUCAAAUGCUAAGAAACUGGCCCCUGUGAUGAAUGGAGCAGUGGAGACUUGGACCCAGCCACGCCUCUGCUACCUGGUGAAGGAGGGGAACAGCUAUGGCUUCUCUCUGAAAACUGUCCAAGGUAAAAAGGGAGUGUACAUGACUGAUAUCACACCUCAGGGUGUGGCUAUGAAAGCUGGUGUCCUGGCUGAUGAUCACCUGAUUGAAGUAAAUGGAGAGAAUGUGGAGAACGCCAGCCAUGAGGAAGUGGUGGAAAAGGUGAAGAAGUCAGGAAGCCGAGUCAUGUUCCUGCUUGUGGACAAAGAAACUGACAAGCGUCAUAGUGAACAGAAGAUACAAUUCAAGAGGGAAUCAACCAGUUUGAAACUCCUGCCUCAUCAGCCCCGAGUUGUGGAGAUGAAGAAGGGAAGCAAUGGCUAUGGAUUCUAUCUGAAGGCAGGCCCAGAACAGAAAGGUCAGAUCAUCAAGGACAUAGAUCCUGGAAGUCCAGCAGAGGCAGCUGGCUUGAAGAACAAUGACCUGGUAGUUGCUGUCAAUGGCGAGUCUGUGGAAACCCUUGAUCAUGACAGUGUGGUGGAAAUGAUUAAAAAGGGUGGAGAUAAGACUUCACUGUUGGUGGUGGACAAAGAGACGGAUAACAUGUAUAGACUGGCUCAUUUUUCUCCCUUUUUCUACUAUCAAAGUCAAGAAAUGCCUAAUGGUUCUGUCAAAGAGGUUCCAGCUUCUAUUCCUGCUCCUCUGGAGGUCUCAAGCCCAGAUACUACAGAGGAAGUAGCAGAUCAUAGGCCUAAACUCUGCAGGCUGAUUAAAGAUGAAAAUGGCUAUGGUUUUCACUUAAAUGCAAUUCGGGGUCUGCCAGGCUCAUUCAUCAAAGAGGUACAGAAGGGUGGCCCUGCUGAUGUAGCGGGGCUGGAGGACGAGGACAUCAUUAUCGAAGUGAAUGGGGUUAAUGUGUUGGAUGAACCCUAUGAGAAGGUUGUAGAUAGAAUCCAGAGCAGUGGGAAGGAUGUCACACUCUUGGUCUGUGGAAAGAAGGCCUAUGAUUACUUCCAAGCAAAGAAAAUUUCUAUUGUUUCCUCGAUGGCUGAUCCACUGGCUGCCUGCCUUGAUUCCAAAGAAACACUGGCAGAGUCAGAGCAUGACUCACACAUGGCUAAAGAACGAGCCAACAGUACAGUCUCACAUUCUUCUUCCAAUUCUGAAGAUACGGAGAUGUGACGCAAGAAAUAAUUAUUUUGGCUAACAGGAUUACUACUAAGUAUCCAGAAACUGCUUUCUCAAAGAACGGAGCUGCCAUCCAUUUAUUGUCUCUCUUAGAGAACAACAACUCCUUUGGAAACCAUUCAACAUGUGUGAUUGUCUUGUUGUCAUUUGUCUUAGGGGCUGCUACUGCAGAUGGCUUAUUUAUGGUUAACUUAGGAAGAUCCAAGGCAGUAGUCAGAUCAUUUUUAUGUGAUCUCUUCCAAGCUUCAAGUUAACUCCAUUUCUCUAAUGAUGAUUCUCUUACUUCUAUAGGCUCCUUGAACGCCAAAAAUACCUAAUCUAUAUAUGUUAGAGUUGCUAAUUAAAACAUUCAGCAGAUCUGAUUAAAAUUGUUUUUAUAGCAAUGUUAUGGUUGCUGGAAUAAAUACUAUUAAAAUGCCUUUUGAGUAUGCUUGAACUUCCCUGUUAGCUAGUAUAACCUUAUUAGUGCUUUUUUAUGCUUUAAUCUUCUAAAAACCCCAAACACAAUAAAAUA